AUGCCCUGGUUUUACAUUGGAACACAUGCGUCUCCGGGAUCACCCACUGGAUUGGACCGGUGGAUUCUGAACAGAAGAUCCAAGUUCUUGCUACUGUUCUCUUCGCUCGUGGUUGGGGGAACUUUGUAUUUGCUGUUUUUCAGCAAUGAUUUUGACAAAAUUGGGAAGAGACUGACCCCCAAGAAUGCAAAAGACAAACCGGACGAGACUGAAAUUGACAAAUGGAAUAGAUCCCAGCUUUUUGCGUAUCUAUCGAAAAAACAGAUAUAUCCGGACGCGGAAACCCCCAUCGAACAGAUAAGAAGUUUAGUCAAGUCGUUGGCUUGA